AUGACAAGUGGUAUGCGUAAAAUUCAUGAUCAUGCAUUGAUUCUUCGUAGCAUUUGUCCAGAUAAUAUUCUAGUAACAGAUGAUUAUCUAACAAAAAUUCGUGAUCUCGGUUUAGCUCACGUGUUAGGUCCGUAUUUUGAACAUAUACAAAUUGGAUGUAAACGAUAUAUGACAUCUGAAUUUUACGAUAGUGGAAUAUAUAGCAAAAGACUUGAUAUUUUUACAUUUGGCUUAAUAUUAAAUGAAGUAUUGACUGAGACUGAGCAUUAG